AUGGCCCCGAGUCCCCACAGCCUGGGACUUCUCUUUGUCUACAUAAUGUAUUUUCUCAUUGGUCUCCCUGCCAACCUCCUGGCCCUGCGGGCCUUCGUGGGGCGGGUCCACCAACCUCACCCUGCGCCCGUCCACAUCCUCCUGCUCAGCCUGACGCUGGCGGACCUCCUGCUGCUGCUGCUGCUGCCCUUCAAGAUGGUUGAGGCCGCCUACGAUUUCUGGCCCUUGGGGGAUGUCCUCUGCGCCCUCACUGCUUACGGCUUCUACAGCAGCAUCUACUACAGCACGUGGCUCCUGGCGGGCAUCAGCAUCGAGCGCUACCGCAGCGUGGCUUUCCCCGUGCAGUACAAGCAGUCCCGUCAACCCGUGUACGGAGUGAUCGCCUCUCUGGUCUCCUGCCUCUUGUCCUUCGGACGCUGCAGCAUUGUGAUCAUCGUCCAUUACUUACCAGCCAACAAGGUCGGGGGUGAGGCCAACGGCCUCCCUCUCUGCUAUGACAACUUCACCCAAGAGCAACUGGCCAUAUUGCUUCCUGUGCGGCUAGAGCUGUGUCUCACCCUCUUCCUCAUCCCCAUGCUGGUCACUAUCUUCUGCUACUGGCGCUUUGUGCAUAUCAUGCUCUCCAGACCCCAAGUGGGGACGCAGAAGCGCUGGAGAGCGGUGGCGCUGGCCGCCGUGACCCUCUUCAACUUCCUGGUCUGCUUUGGGCCCUACAAUGUGUCUCACGUGGUGGGGUUCUUAGAGGGAAAAAGUGAAAACUGGCGGGUGUACGCUGUGUUGCUCAGUGCUCUCAAUGCUUGCAUCGACCCCUUGGUUUUCUAUUUCUCCUCCUCAGUUAUGCGCAAAGCCUUGGAUAGGAGGCUACGGAGUCUGCAGAGCUGGGCUGCCUCGCUAGCAGGGCGCUGCAGGAGAAAAGCUGGAGAAGCCGCCGCAGAGAGAGGAGAUGAGACUUUGGGUAUGGCCAAUGUCGGCUUCACAGGAGACUAA